UUAUACUACAAUAAUAGCUGAUAGCAAAACAGUACAACAACAGUGUGAUAGUGGGACGCUGAAAAGAAGACUAAUAUCUGGAAUUUCAUUGCAGCUUGGAAUAUGGGAUUAAAUCAUAUUUUAACAUGCUGUCAAAAUAGUUCUAAGGAGCUGACACAAAAUAUCAUUGUCUUAAUUCAGGAAUCCCAUGCUAGCAGCAGUGAUGAAAACAUAGAGAGAGGAAACUGGUCCCGAAAAUCAGACUACCUACUUUCAUUGAUUGGCUAUGCUGUGGGCCUGGGUAAUGUCUGGAGAUUUCCCUAUCUUGCCUACAAGAAUGGAGGAGGAGCCUUCCUCAUCCCUUAUACGAUUAUGCUUGCCCUGGCUGGACUCCCUUUGUUCUUCAUGGAAUGUUCCAUGGGUCAGUUUACCAGUUCAGGUCCAGUUUUGGUUUGGAGAGCUGUACCAAUUCUACAAGGUGUGGGUAUCACAAUGGUUCUAGUCACGACAUUUGUUUCCAUUUACUACAACAUUAUCAUUGCUUACAGUUUAUAUUAUAUGUUUGCCUCAUUUCAAACUAUACUGCCUUGGUCUGACUGCUUUGCCUGGGCAGAUGAAAAGUGUAGUAAAACCACUCGAGGUUUUUGCAAUAUCAGUAUUGCUAAUAACACUGCAGCAUAUAACCUAACAUGGGUCAAUGAAAGAAAUCUAACCUGCAUUGAGAACAGUAUAGUGAUGGAAGAUGUGGAUCUACCAAGCAAACAGUAUUGGGAAAAAGUAACGCUUCGACUUUCUGGCGGACUUGAUGAGACCGGCGAAGUUGUUUGGUACCUUGCGCUCUGUCUUCUGCUAGCUUGGAUAAUUGUUGGUGCUGCCCUCUUUAAAGGAAUAAAAUCGUCAGGAAAGGUUGUCUACUUUACAGCAGUAUUUCCAUAUAUUGUCCUUAUUAUUCUGUUGGUUCGAGGGGCUACAUUAGAAGGAGCAUUCAAUGGAAUUGACUAUUACAUUGGAACAAAAUCAAAUAUUACCAAGUUAAUGGAAGCAGAGGUUUGGAAAGACGCUGCUACCCAGAUCUUUUUUUCACUCUCUACAGCCUGGGGUGGCUUGAUUGCUCUCUCUUCAUACAAUAAAUUUCACAAUAACUGUUACUCAGAUGCCAUUGUAGUUUGUGUUACCAACUGCCUUACAAGUAUUUUUGCUGGGUUUGCCAUCUUCUCUAUCCUGGGGCAUAUGGCGUUUGUUACAGAUAAACCAGUACCAGAAGUAGUAGAUUCAGGUUUUGGCUUGGCUUUUAUUGCAUAUCCAGAAGCUUUAGCAAAGCUUCCAAUUUCCCCUUUAUGGUCCUUCCUGUUUUUCUUUAUGCUGCUGACCUUGGGCUUGGAUUCACAGUUUGCAAUGAUAGAAACCAUUAUAACAUCCAUCCAAGAUGCAUUUCCACAAAUGAUGAAAAAGAUGCGGAUCCCAAUUACUCUUGGCUGCUGUGUGAUUUUGUUUUUUCUGGGCCUUGUCUGUGUUACACAGUCAGGGAUAUACUGGGUUAACCUCAUUGAUUACUUCUGUGGUGGAUGGGCGAUCCUUUUUUCUGCUGUACUGGAAUUGGUGGGAAUCAACUGGAUUUAUGGUGGCAAUCGAUUCAUUAAGGAUAUAGAGAUGAUGAUUGGAAAGAAACACUGGACCUUCUGGAUUUGGUGGAGAGGUUGUUGGUUCGUCAUUUCUCCUCUCUUAUUAACAGCUAUUCUAUUGUGGUCUCUGAUAACAUUUGAGUCUCCAACCUAUGGCUCUGUUGUCUACCCAACAUGGGGAACUGCAGUCGGCUGGUGUAUGAUCAGUUUCUGUCUCAUCUGGAUACCGAUUGUAGCUGUAAUAAAAAUUAUCCGUGCAAGAGGAAAUGUUUUACAGACCUGCAAAGCAGCCGAGAACUGGGGGCCCGCCUUAAGCCAGCAUCGAGGAGAACGAUACAAACACAUGCCAGAUAACAAAGAAGUCCAUGCAGAGGAAUUGGCAACAGUCAGCAAACUGACGGGAUAUGAUAAUCAUACCUAUUUCUAAUGUGACUGCUGAAGAUGGAAGAGAUGACUUCAGAUUGUAAACUGAACUAUUAACAAAAUACAAGGCUACAACACAAAGAGACUUCCAUGUACAUGGAAUAUUUCAUAUAAUAUGCAACUAUGAGAUCAAUUAUCUGGAAUACU